AAACGAAACACUGAAAGGUUCUAAUUACAUAACGGUGCUUCCACGUGUUCUAAACUUGACAGACCGACCUCAUACUUUUUUUUGCAGUUUAGAUGUUGCCUUUAUAGCACAGUUCACUUCUACAGCCACACCCUACAACACUCACAAUGGAAAACAUGACCUCGGAUUCAAGACGUAUAUGACGCACAAAUGUCUAGGAACAUGUUCCAAAGCAGAUUUAUUCAAAAGCAGGUUAAUUAAAAAAAAAAAUGUUUAUGCCAAGGGCCCUGAAAGUGAAGAGACCCGUCCAGGGCUCAAACCAAGUUUUGAAUAAGAAAAGCAAGAUAGAUCAGGGGGAGAGAAAAGGUGAAGGUGAUUCAGUGACACCGGCUCAGAGGGAGGAAGCAUGCAGAGACACCCAGACACAGGAUGACACAAUGCAAGCGGCUGAAGACACCAAGACACAGGAUGGGACAAUAAAAGCAGGAGAAGACUCUGCAGGCUUGAAAGAGACCUCAGUGACUGAAGAUGGGCAUACAUCAACCUCAAGUGAUACAGAGAAGGAGGAGGACGAGGAGGAAGAAGAAGAAGAACCUGUCAAAUCAUUCAGGAAGAGCCAGAGAUGGCCGGAGCCAGGAGAGCCUGUCUGUGUGAUGUGUGGUCGCUAUGGGGAGUACAUUUGUGACAGCACUGACAACGAUGUCUGCAGUCUUGAGUGCAAAGCCAAACAUUUGGCCCAAAUGGGGAUGGGGAUUGGGGCGGAUGUGUUUAACCGUAAGGACAAAAAUGGAGAUGAAAGGACUAAACCUAACCCUCACCAGACAGCCGUGGACACUGGUGGAGUGGGUGAAAGUGAGGCUGGCUAUUCCUACAGGGAAGAUCGGUUCAUAUCAGGCCUAACAGAUGAGCAGGUACAGCGGAUUAAACAGGAGCUGGGCAUUGAAACGCAGGGGAGCGAUGUCAUGAGACCCAUUGUUGAGUUUGAACACUGUGGCUUCCCUGCCACGUUGGGCGGCAACCUGAAAAAGGCCGGCUAUGAGGCGCCCACGCCAGUCCAGAUGCAGAUGGUGCCUGUUGGUCUCAGUGGAAGGGAUGUGAUUGCCAGCGCUGACACGGGCUCAGGGAAGACUGUAGCCUUCCUGCUGCCAGUGGUAGUGAGGGCACUGGAGAAACCAGCAUGCAGUGCGAGUGGCCCUGUGGCUCUCAUCCUGACCCCCACCAGGGAACUGGCCAUUCAGAUAGAGAGACAGGCCAAGGAGCUGGUGAUGGGACUCCCCAACAUGAGAACAGCACUGCUGGUGGGCGGCAUGCCGCUGCCCCCGCAACUCCACCGCCUGAAAAGGAGCAUCAAAAUUAUCAUAGCCACCCCAGGGCGACUCAUUGAGAUCCUGAAGCAGAAGGCAGUGCAGCUGGACAAAGUGAAGGUUGUGGUGGUUGACGAGGUCGACACUAUGCUGAAGAUGGGCUUCCAGCAGCAGGUGCUGGAGGUUUUGGAGCAAGUCCCUGUAGAACGCCAAACUCUGCUGGCAUCAGCCACCAUCCCCAAAGGGACGGAGGAGCUGGCUGGCCGAUUGGUUCGCGACCCUGUCCGUAUUACCAUUGGAGAGAAGAACCAGCCCUGUGCUAAUGUACGGCAGAUCCUGCUCUGGGUAGAAGAACCCUCGAAGAAGAAGAAGCUGUUUGAGAUUCUCAAUGACAGUAAGCUGUACCAGCCUCCAGUGGUGGUGUUUGUAGACUGUAAACUGGGGGCCGAUCUGCUGUGCGAGGCGGUUGCCAAGGUGACGGGCCUCAAUACUGUGGCAAUCCACUCCGACAAGAGCCAGUGGGAACGCAACCGCAUCCUCAGGGGUCUUCUGGACGGAGACUUUGAAGUGGUGAUCAGUACAGGUGUACUAGGUAGAGGACUGGACCUCGUCAACGUCAGACUGGUAGUGAACUUUGACAUGCCAAACACGAUGGAUGAGUAUGUCCAUCAGGUUGGCAGGUCAGGUCGACUGGGACACAGAGGAACAGCCAUUACAUUUCUCAACAACAACAACAAGCGGCUGUUCCUGGAGGUGGUGAACAGGGUCAAACCCACAGGCUCCAUCCUCCCCCCUCAACUCCUGAACUCACCCCACCUCCACGAGCAGCAGCGGAGGGAAAGACAGAAAGCCAAGCAGGGGCCUGACGAUGUGCUGGUCACUAAGAACAAUCUAUUAGACAUCAUAAGGAAACAUGACCGUCGCAAAAAGUAGAAAGUUUCUCUGAACAUGCUUGCACUGGUGCUGUCUGUUUAUGUAAAUACUAAAUGUUUAGUUUUGUAUAUUGCUUUAUUAAAUAAAUGUAUUUUGGUGUGGUCUGAA